GUUUCUUUUCUCCACAGGCAACGUGACCGGCCCGCUUUCCAGAAUAGCAGCAAAAGUCCAGAAACCAACCACCUUCCUGCCUUGACAGGUCCUUGGGUAGUAGCGAACGCCGCAAACCCUUUUUUUGCCCUUGCAGCCCCACGACAUGGGAUGCUGCUAGCAAAUCGCCAGUUCCGGAGUCCGGCACUUCCCUAAAUUAGCCACGCUUGUUCAUUCCGUGCUGCAGAAUGGGCCGUCUCCCCGUCGCCGGCGCCGGAGGGGCCGACUUCUGUCAGGCCGAUUUGUCAAGCACCGGAGAUGAUGGCUACUACUACGAUCUCGGAAAUUUCCACAUGCCUGUGACAACCUCGAGCAAAGAAGCUCAAAGAUGGUUCAACCGCGGACUCGUAUGGUGCUACGCCUUCAACCACGAAGAGGCCGUCAGCUGCUUCGAGCGCGCGGCCGCAGCGGACGAGUCCUGUGCCAUGGCAUACUGGGGCAUCGCCUAUGCCCUAGGUCCCAAUUACAAUAAGCCCUGGGGGAUCUUUGAUGAACUUGAACUGAGGCGCAAUGUCCAGAGGGCGCGGCAGGCAGUGGUGAAAGCUCUCGAGAGAGCGCCCGCCGCGACAGCAGCGGAGGCGGCACUAGUCGAUGCGCUCCAGGAGCGCUAUCCCCAUGACCAGCUGACCCCUUCUCAGGGGUACGCCUUAAAUCCCACGUACGCCGCGGCCAUGGAGCGCGUCUACAUGCGGCAUCCCGAGGACCCCAAUGUCAUCGCCAUCUACGUUGAUGCCCUUAUGAACCUCACUCCCUGGCAGCUCUGGGACGUCCGGACGGGGGAACCCGCCAACGGGGCGCGGACCAUGGACGCCAAAGCCGCCCUGGAAAGGGGGCUGUCCGAGCACCCGGAGCACCCGGGCAUGUUACAUCUGUACAUCCACCUGAUGGAGAUGUCCAGCGAACCCGAGAAGGCGCUGGGGCCCGCCGACCGCCUGCGCGGGCUGAUCCCCGACGCGGGCCAUCUCAACCACAUGCCCACACAUAUCGACAUCCUCUGCGGCGACUACAGGCGGGCCGUGGCCUGCAACACGUCGGCCAUCUGGGCGGACGCCAAGUUUGUGCGCCGCCAAGGCCCCAUCAACUUCUACAGCCUCUACCGAUCCCACAAUUUCCACUUCCGCAUCUACGCCGCCAUGUUCGCGGGCCAAUCGGCCGUCGCGCUCGAGACGGCCGACAUGCUGGAGGAGGCGCUGCCCAACGCCCUGCUCCGCGUCGAGUCGCCGCCCAUGGCCGACUGGCUGGAGGGGUUCCUGUCCAUGCGGGCGCACAUCCUGGUCCGCUUCGGCCGCUGGCAAGACAUCAUCGACAACCUGCCGUUCCCCGGCGAUCCCUCGCUGUACUGCACCACGACCGCCGCGCUGCACUACGCCAAAGCCGUGGCGUACGCCAACACGGGCCGGAUCGACGAGGCGGACCGCCACCGCCGGCUCUUCCAGGACGCGCACCGGAAGGUGCCCCCCUCCCGCACGCUCUUCAACAACACCUGCCAGGACAUCCUCGGCAUCGCCGCGGCCAUGCUGGACGGCGAGGUCGAGUACCGCCGCGGAAACGUGGAGCAAGGGCUGCGGCACCUCCGGCGGGCCGUGGAGCUCGACGACUCGCUGCCGUACGACGAGCCGUGGGGGUGGAUGCAGCCGACGCGACACGCGUACGGGGCCCUCCUGCUGGAGCAGGGGCGGACCGAGGAGGCCCUGGCCGUGUACGCGGCCGAUCUCGGGCUCGACGACACGCUGCCGCGCCCGCAGCAGCACCGGAACAACGUGUGGGCGCUCCACGGCCUGCACGAGUGUCUACUCCGUCUCGGGCGGGAGUCGGAGGCGCGGAUGGUCCGCCCGCAGCUGCAGCUGGCGCUCGCCGCAGCAGACGUGCCCAUCAAAGCAUCUUGCUUUUGUCGCAGACUCGCUCGCCUUCCCGUCUAAUUCUUAUCGUUCCGGGUGUUCUUUAGGUAUCUAAUUAAUCGGUCGUUCGGGAGUAUUUAAUUAUUAUAUCAACGCUAGGAAGUCGACCGGAACAGGAAAAGUCAUGCUAGGCUCUAUGUGUGUGUAGUCUAACAAGCAGGUUAAGUUACUUUAUCUAAUAACCGUGCUGCUCCUCGUCGCCGCAUUCGUCAAUUUCGUCGCUGUCAUCCUCGUCGU